AGUAAGCAAUGUUAUGAAAGAAAUGUAAGUGCUUGUACGUGUCAGAUAAAAGAGUCGCUGAGUAGUCGUUGAAAAGUUCAUAUGAUAAUGACAUAAUAUUAUGUUAUAACAAUUAUUUUUAUGCAAUACAAAAUGUACAGUAAGUAAUGCAAUGUAUAUAAUUGUUAGUAACGUUUGAACAUACACAUUAAGUUGACAACAACUAACUUUUGAAUUGAAAAAGUCAGUUUGAUGCACAUUUAUAUUUAUGUGUCUCGUAUUACGAAAUAUUUUGAAGUUGUAUAAAUGUCGUCUUACGGAAAGAAAAAUAGAAAGAGAAUAUUGACGAGGCGGCCGCGACAUAUUGUUGGAAAAGAAGAGAAAUAUCGCCAGGAAAGAGAUAAAUCGGACAAUGAGGAUGAAUUAUCAGAUAAAGAAGAGAAAGAAGAUGGGCCUCUCCCUUUCCCUGUCGCUAUGUGGGAUCUCGAGCAUUGUGAUCCUAAAAAGUGUUCCGGCAAAAAAUUGGUUAGACAUGGCUUGAUAAAAAUAUUAAGGUUAGGUACUCGAUUCUCAGGAUUAGUUCUUACUCCGGUUGGUCAAAAGUGUGUGAGCCCCACAGAUCGUGAUAUCAUACAAGAUUAUGGUUGUGCAGUCGUUGAUUGCAGCUGGGCACGUUUGGAUGAUACUCCAUUUAAUAGAAUGAGAACUCCCAAUCCUCGUCUUUUACCGUUUCUAGUUGCUGCAAAUCCAAUAAAUUAUGGCAAAUCGUGUCAAUUAAGUUGUGUAGAAGCUAUAGCUGCUACAUUGAUUAUAACAGGUUUUGUUGAAAAAGCAAAAUUUUAUCUUGGAAAAUUUUCCUGGGGUCACUCAUUCUUGGAAUUGAACGGCGAGCUAUUAAAAAAAUAUUCACUUUGUACCAACGCAGAGGAAAUUAUAUCUACUCAAGAAAAAUUUCUCAUAGAGGCGAGAAAAGAAAAAUUAAAUAGACGUGCUGUUGCAGAUUUUCCACCAACCGAUUCGGAAACGGAAGAAGAGGAAGAAGAAUCAGUAUCCGUAAAUAUUAUUUCCGAAAUAGAUGAACAAGUAAAAGAUUUAAACAUAAUAUAAAGAUGAUUGAAGUGUAAUUGUAUAUAACUUCCUUGUUAAAUAUAUACGUUAUAGUACGCGUUUGUAAAAUUAUACUUUUGCAGAUGACUAAUAAAAAAACUAAUCGAU